AUGUUAUUCUGGCUUCAACAUAAAUGGUCUGGACUCUGGCUACUUAUAUUCGCCUUUGGCAGUCUAACACUUUUUCUUUAUGGCUUUUUUCCAUUAAAGUAUCAUUCUGGCAAAUUAGCUCAUAUGGAUGAUUUGCCAAAUUUUAUAGAUGGAGUCAGUAUUGAUGGCCAUGAAGUGUACAAUUCUGGUGAAAACAGUGUCAUUCUCAUGGUCAUAGAUGGGUUACGCUAUGACUUUGCAGCUGAGGAAUAUAUGCCUUACACUGGCCAGUUAAUUAAAAACAAAUCUGCAUGCAUUUAUGUUUCUGUUGCUGAGCCACCAACUGUCACAAUGCCCAGGAUUAAGUCACCUGAACGUAAGAAGGAAAAGGCACAAUGGAGGCGCACAAUAAACUUCUGGCGGGAUAUAUUUGCAAUGAUGACCGGUAGCGUGUCAACUUUUGCGGAUGUUGCUUUGAAUUUUGGCGCGCCCGCUGUCAAAGGCGACAGCAUACUUCGGGUUGCGUCAUCUAGGGGUCGCCACUCCGUAUUAUAUGGAGAUGACACUUGGUUGAGGUUAUUUCCUGGGUUAUGGACAGAAUCGGACGGAACGACGUCAUUUUUUGUCACAGAUUAUACAGAGGUGGACAACAACGUCACCAGACAUUUAGAUAGCGUACUUACUCCUUUAGAAGAUAAAAAACCCAAAUUCGAUUUCCUAGUACUUCACUAUUUAGGCUUAGACCAUAUCGGGCAUCUAGAGGGAGCUAGGAGUCCAAAAAUUAAACCAAAAUUAAUAGAAAUGGAUAGUAUUGUGAAAAAAAUACACACGGCUAUGCAAACAUGGGACAGAUCAGGGGUACUAAUAAUAUGCGGGGACCACGGAAUGCGGGACGCGGGGGGACACGGAGGGGCUUCGCCCGCCGAAGUGCUGGUCCCUUUAGUCGUGCUCAAGAGCACGGACUUCCAAUGCCCACACGAAUUAGGUCCAGGGCCCGUGGUGGCACAAGUGGACAUAGCCCCGACAAUAUCUUGGCUACUAAACGCCCCCAUCCCUGGAGACAGUACGGGCAAAUUUCUGCCAUCUCUGCUACCGAGUGAUAUCAGGCAACACUUGUAUUUACUACACGUGAACGCUCUUCAUAAUGUCAAGCAAGGCGUACCUACCGAUACCGAAUAUUAUAAGCAAUUCAAACGCGCAGAAACCCAAUUCGCUCGUUACCUCUCAACGGGACAACAGAGUGCCGCUCGAAUCGCGAAAGAGUUCUACGACGAAUCCUUGGCCGCCAUGUCCAAGCAAUUAUCAGAAGCAACCACGGACUUCGACGUGUUCGCUUUGGGAUUGGCUGUCGUGUUUUUAUAUUUGAUGUUGACGGCCCUCGUUUGCGUGACUCUGUACUCCCUCCAACCGGAAAACCAACGUAAGAUAAGCGUGACGGACAAACACAAAACGAACUUGGGCACGGUUGUCGCGUUUGCGGUGAUCUUCGCGAUCAUCGCCUCGACCCUCACGUUGACCUGCUUCAUCAGCGAAACGAGGAGCCAGUUCUGCUCCUUCGGGCCCUCGUGGUCCGCCGUCUUUUUGGCCUCGGCCGUCGCUCUGACCUUCGCCUACUUCCUCGUGAAGAUCGGUUUGGAGAAAAUCCGGGAUCUGUCGACGUUGCGGGAUUUGAAUGCGAUCGAUUUCCUGCUGAUCCUCGGCACUCUUUUCCACGCCUGGUCGUUCUUCGGCACGAGUUUCAUAGAGGAGGAGCACAUGACGUGGUACUUCUUUUGGAAUACGCUGAUGUUCUUCGUGUUGGUGCGAACGAUCGUGGUGAUCGUUUUGUACUUCGGCAAGCGGCUGUCGGGGGCCACCGAAGUUCAGGAGAAGCCGGAGUUGGAACACCGAAUGAGCGACGUCGGCGUCGGUAUCGUGCCGAAGUGGGUGUUGUUGAUCGGUUUGCAUAGAUAUCUCCGUACAAUGAACCAAACGGGCGACAGGUGGCUCUUCCUUCCAGACACGGCCGAUUGGUUGAACGCUCCGGAGAACUCGAUUUAUCUCCAAGCUCAUCUUAUUAUAGGCACUCUCGCGACCUUUGCGAUCUGUCUCAGAAACAUCCGCCACAUGAACAACCAUCUGAAGAUACAUUCGGUGCUCACAAUUCUGUCCACGCUUUGUAUAUUUCUGUACCGAAUCAGCGCGGGAUCCAUCCGUCUGCCGAACGAAGUCCCGAAAUGGGACGCAGAGCAAGUGGUCCAAGUGUUUUGGUGGCUUUUAGCCGCUCAAACUAUAUUCGAAGUCAUCACUUAUGUCGGUGCGUUUCCGAACGGGAAUAGGUUCGUUUAUAACAAGCCCAAAGCGAAAACCGAAGAUUAUUUCUACGACAACGCGGAAGAACCGUGGAACUUGAACGACGUCAAGUUAAACUUAGCCAGAUCUUUGACUCACAUAAUGUACAAUCAAAUGAUGCUGAUAAUAGUUCUGUUGAUGCGUCCCCACAAUGUCAUCAUGGUGCCCAGCAUCUAUAUCACUUGCCUGCUCACGGCUAAAUGCCUAGACCAUAAGUUGUUGGAUUCGAGACCCGGAAGAAACACGGAGGGCGCCGACACUUUGAGUCUAACUUUAGCGCACAUUUGGAUCGGAGCUGUGUUUUAUUUUUACCAGGGCAACUCCAACAGCCUGGCCUCGGUGGACCUGGGCUCGGGUUACGUGGGUCUGAGUGAAUACAGCCCGGUCCGGGUCGCCGCCCGCAUGGGCCUCCAUGCAUACGCCGGGCCCGCUUUGUCUGGGGCGCAUUUAUUCUGCUCGUUGCCUUAUACAGAUAUUAACAGAUACCGUCAAGCAGUGUGGCGCGUUACAAACAUAAUGGCGCUACAGAGAGUGUACCAAGUCGUAAUUUAUUGCGUUAUAGCGAUAAUAUUCAGGCACCAUCUGUUCGUGUGGUCGGUGUUUUCACCUAAAUUGCUAUACGACUUUGUCGCGACAAUAUUCUCCGUCCAGGCGUUGUUGACGAUCGCAGAAAUCGUUUGUUUGACGCACGUAGUUAGUUGGAUUUCUAGGUGCAUAACGUAUAGGAGGGUAACUUAG